AUGGCCCCUCGAAAUACAAACAAACCAAUUACUCCGCGACCCGCCUCGAAUUCCAUUGCUUCUGCUUUCAACAAGCAAUCGGCGAAAAAAACUGCGACAACGAAACCACCAGCAAGAGCGAAUGGAAAUAUUCUGAGCUUUUUCAAGAAGGUAGAUAAUCCACUCAAAGACGAUGACUCUCUCUUUGUGAAUCACCGGUCUGGCGCGACACCACAGCCUCCUCCUCGUAACCCCAGUCCAGAACUAUACGAUGAAGACUUGUAUGGAGCGAAUGAAUCGUCAUUCGAUGGACGUUACAAUGAGGCUGAAAGAUCGAAUAAAAAGCGCAAGCUUUCAGACAAACCCAGGAUGGAAGAUUCCGAAGGAAGCCUCACCACACCUUCAAUACCGACCGAGCCAUGUACUCCUCCUCCAGCCGAGAGCCCUAUGCCAAUUGCGAAGGGGAAACCCGCAAUCAGAGCACUACGCCGGCCAGGACCUUUCUUAGACGACUCCGAUAGCGAUGAGGGGUCAAUGGAGAACCUUAAGACUGCCCAUAAUGUGCAAGCGCAAACACGUAUGGAUGGAAAGCAAACUGAAGUUUAUACAAAACAGGCCGUUCCAGAAUUGAUCGCGAAGCAAGAGGCAACUCUAAAACUUGAUGUCAUGCAAGAGCCCAUUGAAAACAAAUCCGUCAUACCAUCCACUGAAACAGUUCCAUCUUCGGGAGGUAGCGUUUUCAAGCUGAUUAAGAGAGUCCCGGUUGCGAGAGCACAAGCGAAAUGGGAAGCAUUACAGCCAAGAAGCGCAAGAGCCAAGUCAUCAUCCGAAGAUGAGGUGCAAGAAACGUCGAAAGGUUCAAAGUAUUUUAACAGCAAGAGCAAAAAAAAGGUCGAGUCAGAAUCCGAAUACGAUGAGCAAGAGACAUCGAAAGGCUCGAAAAACUUCGAUAGUAAGGGUAAAGGCAAAGCAAAACGCAAAAUAAAGAGCAACUCAGCUCCAGAGGUUCCAGCUUUGAAGCAGGAAAAUACGAGUGUCGACGAAUGGGCAGACUUCGAGGUUAUGGGCGAGUUUCCUGAUGAGGCUGUCGAUGGUGAAGAAUUCAUGGAGCGCAAAUGGAUGGAAGAGCAAAAUCAAUUGGAAGCCGCCGAUCAAGCACAGGACGAUGAAGAUUCAUUUAACGGUUUUAGUGGCGAUGAUAGCCUCAACACCGAUGUAGGGCAAGGAAGUGUUUCUACUUGCCCUAUUUGCGAUGCGAGUUUGAGUAGCAUAACUUCCAAUGAGGCCUCGCUGCAUGUCAAUGCUUGUUUAGACGGAAACCCCAUUCCUUUACCAUCAAAGAUCAAGGCAAAGGUAACUUCCGAAUCAAGCGAAAUAAAACUGAUGCCCGACGGUGCCAGAAACCGGUUUGCUAGGAAAUCGGCAGUUCCGAGACCGGGACAGGCGAACCCUAUUGAUCUCAACAACGAUGGAGGAUCCGCCUUUUCCAAGCUAAUGUCAGGCCAUGCAGAGGAUGCGGCUUGGGCAAUGGCCGCAGACAAAGAAAAGUCGUCGCGAGGAAAGCCAGCGCAUCAGAGGACUUGUCCAUUCUACAAAAUCAUGCCUGGGUUGUUCAUCUGUGUUGAUGCAUUUAGAUAUGGUGCAGUUAAAGGCUGUAAUGCAUAUUUCCUGAGCCAUUUUCAUAGCGAUCAUUACAUUGGUCUAACAUCUACUUGGUCACAUGGCCCUAUAUAUUGCAGUAAAAUCACCGGCAAUCUUGUCAAACAACAGCUUAGAGUGGAUCCGAAAUGGGUUGUUUCUAUUGAAUUUAACGACAGGAUCGAAGUUCCCAAUACUCAAGGCGUUUCAGUAACAAUGAUCCCUGCGAAUCAUUGUCCUGGAAGCUCUCUUUUUUUCUUCGAAAAGAAUACUGGUCGCGGCCAGAACCCAAAGGUCCAACGCAUUCUUCAUUGUGGCGACUUUCGUGCUUGUCCGGCGCAUAUUGCUCACCCUCUUCUGAUGCCUAAUAUUGUCGAGUCUGUCACUGGAAAGACGAAACAGCAAAAGAUUGAUGUCUGUUAUCUUGAUACCACGUAUCUCAACCCUAAAUUUUCGUUUCCAUCGCAAGACGAUGUCGUGAAAGCUUGCGCAGACAUGUGUGUUAGUCUCAGCAAGGAGAACGCAGAAGAAAGUGAUGCAUGGGAAACAGUCAAGAGGGAACGGGCUGGAGACAAAAUGACAAAAUUCAUUAAAUCUGCCCCGAAGACGGAGACCGAGGAUUCCAAUAAUGCAGAAGGUGCCCCCAAAAGCAAGAAGAAAGCUCGUGGUCGUCUUCUUGUUGUUUGUGGUACUUAUAGUAUCGGCAAGGAACGUAUUGUCCUUGGUAUCGCCCGUGCCCUCGAUUGCAAGAUCUACGCAAUCCCUGGUAAAAUGCGUAUUUGUGCAGCGCUGGAAGACCCUGAACUUACGAGUCGCUUGACAUCGGAUCCUCAAGAGGCACAAAUUCAUAUGCAGAUGCUCAUGGAUCUACGGCCUGAGACUUUGCAGGACUAUCUCACUGGUUACAAACCUCAUUUUACACGGGUCGUGGGGUUUCGACCCAGUGGUUGGAGUUACAAACCACCAAACUCUCGUUUUGUGGAUUCUCCGCCCAUUCAUACUAUUUUACAUGCAGCAAAUUGGAGAUCGGAAUAUGAUAUGGGGGAGUUAGUGCCUCAGAGAGGAAGUACCAAGGAAGCGCAAUGUUUUGGAGUACCAUAUUCUGAACAUAGCAGUUUCAGAGAGCUGACCAUGUUUAUUAUGGGGUUGAGAAUUGAGAAGGUAGUUCCAACUGUAAAUGUUGGUAGCGAGGUGGGCAGGAAGAAGAUGAAGAUUUGGAUUGAGCGGUGGUUAGGGGAGAGAAGAAAACAUGGGGUGUUGACGUUUGGGGAUAGGAAGGAAGAAGGGGUAGUUCAAUGGUAG